GCACGAACUUCUAAGUAAGCGGUGGUGAAUCAAAAGUGGUUUGUGUAUAAUUUUGUUGUUGUUUUUAAAAUUGCGUUAUUUACGCGGCUUUUUUUUUGGUUUUUAUUUCUUUUCUACACACUUAUUGAAAGAAGAUAAUAAUCCACAUCGCCUUCAACGUUUCUUCCUAAACAAGCCAUAAUUUUUACCCUUUUUGGUCAAAGCCAAUUUUUGAUAAAAAAAAACAUUUUAAGUUUCUCAAGUCCAAAUAGUGCGAAUUUGCAAGUUUAUUAAUUUCAUUGAGUCAACGAGCGCGUCUGCCAGAAUUUUGCUAAGUGAGUCACACGUUUGCGGAACGAUAACGAAUAAGCAACAACAACAACAAUAACAACAAACAAACAAAAAACAACAUACAGAACAACAACAACAACAACAACAACAACAACACUAAAAACAAAAGCCACUCAGCUGUGUUUGCAAAAAUCAGUUGUUUGAUUCUUGUUGUUGUUGGUUUUGUUUUUGUUUUUGUUAUUCUCUGUAUUUUUUUUAACAUUAACUCACUUGUCUGAAAUCAUCAGCGAACGAUAUACCAGUAGAAAACCAAAACCAAAACCCACACACCGCGCUGCGCCGUGCAAAGUUGUCACUACAACUGUUGUCUGUUGUUGUCGUUAAUUCUCAGCUAACACGCGCUCUUCGCCGCAUCUAACACACAACCUACGACGUUCGGAUAAUUACCUGAAGAAACGUAGCACAAAAUACUCAGCACUUACUUAUUUGGCGAUGGCGUCAGAAGGUGCCACUGUCUCUACGACCUCAAGGUUGACUAUGAUGCAGAUGAGAUUUCAACAAAAGCAGUUACAGGAGCGUGAACAACGUCGCAUGGAGAUGGUUGGAGUUGGAAGUCAGGCUGCCAAUGACAAAUCAGUCGGCGCUGGAAAGGUUAGACAAAUGUUCGAUGAAAGACGUCGUGGUGCUGGCAUAGACAGAAGCAAUCCUUUGAAACCCAUCUCAGGUUCAUCAACAAAAAGCACAAAUCAAUCGAAGAAUGUGGGAAGCACUCCGAAUGGUUCAGCAAAUGUAACAAAUUCCACUAUAACUACCACAACAUUGCGUAAUAAACCAAAUCAACCGAAACCGAAACCCCCAACAAAUGUACGUCAACCAAUCAACACUGUUCGAAACACACCUGGAGCACGUGCCACUAAUGGAAUACAGCGAUCAAAUGGAAAUAAUAACACAGACGAAACUGACUUUUUAGAUAAUACAACAUUUCCAAAAGGAUUUUCUUCUUUAAGUUUAAAGGAUAAUAACAAUUCUGAUAGUAACAACAAUGAUAGCAAUACCACAUCACGUCUUAGUUCGUCGAAUAGCAUUAAAUUGAAUCCAGUUGUAACUAAAAAGUCACCAGUCAUUUCAGUAAAUAAAACAACGGUGCGUUCAACUCUCAGUCCAAAUGGCGUCAACAGGUCUAUUGGAAGUAAGCCGCCAACUUCAAAUGUUAAUUCCACGAGUAAAAGUCCUAUCAAGAAAACCGUUGCUAAAGUACCCACUAACUCUAUGAGCAUAAAGCCACCUCCGCGUAUAGUUACUCCACCUCCAGGUAUGGCUACAUGCAAUUUUUGUAAUCGGAAUUUCAAUGAAGAUAGGCUUGCAAAGCAUGAACAAAUUUGUCAAAAAAUGGCUAAGAAGAAGAGGAAAAUUUUCGAUGUAUCAAAACACCGAGUACAAGGUACCGAGGCGGAACAAUUUGUGAAGAAAGCAACGAAAACGAGUCAUACAACAAAACCCACAACAAUGGCAAAGCCCAGUGUUGCUGCUUCCACGUCAACCAAUGCUACCACCUCUAAGAAAAACAAUUGGCGUCAGAAACAUGAAGAGUUCAUAGCAGCUAUACGUGCGGCAAAACAAUUGCAGGUACAUUUAGCCAAAGGCGGAAAGCUGAGUGACUUACCACCACCACCUCCAUCGGAGAACCCGGAUUAUAUACAAUGUCCACAUUGUAACAGACGUUUCAACGAAGCUGCUGCAGAGCGUCACAUACCGAAAUGCGCGAACAUGUUGCAUAAUAAGCCAAAGCCUGGUGCAAUGAAGAAAAGAUAAAUUAAAAUUGCUUAGAAAUAAAACAACGCAUUAUUAUCUCAUGUAACGAAGUGGCCUUAAUCCAAUUACCAACAGCAUGUUUAGUUGAAAUGGAAAACGAUGAAAUCUCAGAUAACCAUUUAUCUACUACGGUUUUUAUUUACUACGAAUCAAAUUCUAUUUGUGAUAAAAUUUAUUAUUUAAAGAAAAAUAACUGAAAUAAC